AUGAUGGUGUCGCCACCACAAGAAGACGUCGUAUUCAACACUCCAGUCUAUGAACAAGCCACCGACACGAUGGAUUUCAAUACGACAACGACACCGACGACGAUGCAGAAUCAGAAUAGUGACACUUCAGAGGAGCAGCCGUUGACGUUGGUGGAGAUUCAGAAGACGGCGAAUGGUUUCGGAUUCAAUAUAGUUGGUGGAACCGACAAUCCACACUUCCCUGGCGACUGUGGAUUAUACAUUUCAUCUGUGAAUGUAAAUUCAAAAUCCUACGGAGUCGUUCGAUGUGGUGACAAGAUUUUAUCGUUCGACGGAAUCGAUAUGACAUUCAAGACGCACGACGAAGCAGUCGACGUCUUCAGAAGUGUGAAAAUCGGCCACGUGGCGAAAAUGUUAAUCGAUCGGGAGUGUCUGCAACUUCAGGAGGAGCAACGAACACAAACCCCGACGGCUUCUGCCACGUUGAGCCCUCAAGAUAGGACACCGCAGACACAGAAUUCAAUGAGAAACAACGGGACGGAUACACCGAAAUCUGGAAGAUUGACGUCUCAUGGCAUUUCAGCUGUUAUUGAGAGAAUUCGCGGAAAAGUGUACGAGGAGGAAGAUGCUCAGAGUGUGACCUCAUACGCCCCAUCCACUCAUUCAAUCAUAGAUGAUGUUCCGAGAACUCCACGAAAGCCGUUAGGCAUUUUGGAUCCGAGAAACAACUCGUGGCUCACCGAAGCGCUCUACGUCUCCAUCGGUCUUGGAGCCCUCACUCUCUCCGGAUACCUCGUCUACAGAUUUAUCAGAGGACGUAAAUAA